AUGGAUACAUCUCCCUCUAGUCAGCAGUAUGGAUCAAAGAAACGUGUGAAGAUCCAUCCCAACACAGUAACAGUGAAAUAUGCUACACACUUCCCACAGCCGGGGGAUGAGGGGUAUGAUGAUGCCCCAUCAUUUGAGGAUUUUGGCUCCUUCCUUGACAACAACCCCAGUAAGAGACUGGUAUCGGAGAGCAGUCGAGGCAGGACUUUGUUUGGCACUAUGGAUGCCCGACCAAAACCCACUGCAGAACAGAGGGAGAAAGGUGUGGGUAGCCAGCUGCAGAGUUUCGGCGAAGCCUCAGUCCUGGCAUCUCGCGUAACUUGGGGAGCACUGUUCGGAGCUGCUAUCGCCCAUGGCUGCGUGGCCCUCAUAACCCGUCUGGCAGCUGACCGCUCCAAAGUGCCCUCCCUAGAGCUAAUCUUUAUUCGCUCUGUCAUCCAAGUCUUGUCCAUAGUGGUCGUCUUCUACUACAAAGAGGCUCCCUUUGGUCCCAAGGGCUACCGGCUCCGCCUCUUCUUCUAUGGAGUCUGCAAUGUCAUCUCUAUUACAUGUGCGUACACUUCCUUUGCCAUUGUGCCACCAAGCAAUGGUACAAUCAUGUGGAGGGCAACCACCACAGUCUUCAGUGCUGUGUUGGCCUUUCUGCUUUUGGACGAGCGCUUGGGCUACACAGAUGUGGUUACGGUGGUUGGCAGCGUCUUCGGUCUGUGCCUGGUCAUGAUUCCCAACAUCGCUGAUGAGGAGAAGUCUGCCCUUGGAUUUUGGAAAGAAGCCUUUGGCUACACUAUGACGGUGAUGGCGGGUCUAACGGCGGCCCUGUCCAUGAUCGUUUACAGGGCCAUCAAGGAGCGGGUGAGCAUGUGGACGGCCCUCUUCACUUUCGGCUGGACGGGCACAGUGUGGGGAGCCUCUACUAUGUUCAUUAUGCAGGAGCCCAUUAUUCCCCUGGAUGGGGAGACCUGGGGCUACCUGGUGGGUAUCUGCAUCUGUUCUACUGUAGCUUUUCUGGGUGUCUACUAUGCCUUGAACAAGUUCCACCCAGCUCUCGUCAGCACUGUACAGCAUCUGGAAAUCGUGGUGGCUAUGUUCCUGCAGCUCAUUGUUCUACGCAUGAUCCCUUCAGCCUAUGAUGUCAUCGGUGCCCUGGUCAUUAUGGUCAGCGUUUUUGUCCUCACAGGAGUCAAGCUCUACUGGGUUGGAAGGGCUAUACGACAGGAUUACCAAGAGAUUCUAGACUCACCAAUCAAAUGA